AUGUUUUGGCACGCAGCCGCGACACUAUCACUUCUCCUUGUCGGCCAUGUAAAUGCAAGUAGAAUCAUGGAUAUAGCGCCGGUGGUUCGUCGAGAUAAUAAGGAUGAGGUAUUACGGCGAUAUAUGGACAACAUAAUUGAGGACCGUCGAAGAUCUAUCACGGAUGCACCAGCAACCACAGCAGCUACGAAUAUGUCGGAUUGGAAUACUCAAACUGAGGCAGCAUGCGGUCAGGCACUAGACUUACUAAAUGCUCAGGAUACCAAUCCAUCUGGAUUAGCAGUCUGUUAUAAUCUGCCGUAUGUCGACAACACUACUGGUGUUUUUAAGGCUGAUCUUAGACUGUACAAUGUCUCGGCUCCAACAGGAGCAUUUGCCAAUAUUCCGAGUCAGAAAGUUGAGGUUGCGUUGAGUUACGAAGGGGCUACAGUAUCGGCUGUUAACAUGUCGACAUUGAUGGCCCGAAGCGACGGUACCUCUUUAAUUUCAUGGCCAAGGAAAAUUUCAAAGCGACAAUCAACACCAGACAAUUCCACAGGGAAGACUUUUACUUUAGUUCAAUCUUAUGCUUUCAUUGGCCAGAUGAAUAAGGAAUAUAUUGGCAUGGACAUGGACAGCUCAACUAUGGAAGCACUCCUGACCCCAACCGUGAGCUUGACUGGCAAAGAUGUUCAAGGUGGAACUGUGAAUACAACCCUCAACACCAACCAAGCAUCUUUCGUCAAUGGUGCGUUUUCCACACAAGCUGCUGGAGUCACAAAAACUGUCGCCCAACCUCCUAUCCAAACUCUCGUCGUCGCCUCCGAAUCUCCUUUCGUGGUUCCCGGCCUCAACAUUCUUAUCUUCCCAAUUGGUGGCGUCAUUACAGGUAUAUGGGCAAUUUUAUUCAUUGGUACCAUUUCUUAUGGUACCAUUGGUAGAAUCCAGUUCCGAGACCAAUUCAGAUCACGAACUGCUAGAGCUCAGAAAGGGAAUAUGUCACGAAUUUAA